AUGAAAGCGCUCCGCGUGCGGGUCGGCGUGCACGACCGCAUCCCGCAUGUCCCGCUGCAGGCCUCGCCCUCCAGAACUCACAGGCUCUUGAUGGUCUUCGGCGCCUCAGGAGGCUCCGGGUCUGCAGUGGUGGAGGCCGCCCUGGGGCGGGGCUUCAGAGUACGGGCCUUUGUUCGGAGCCGCGAGCGCCUCAGAGUGCAGCUGGGCAAUUUGAUCGACCACGAGAUGCUCGAGGUCGUGGAAGGGGACCUGCAGGACCCUGGCGCCGUGCAGGAUGCAAUUGCUGGUGCUCAGGCUGUCAUUUGCUCUGCUUGUGCCCGACCAGAGACAGCGCCGGGGCCAGUGGCCGCAGCUAUGCCCGCGAUAGUGAGCGCUUGCCGGAAAAACGAGGUGGAGCGGCUCGUGGUGCAGUCCUGCGCCCUUGCAGCAGUGCCAGGGGAGUGGUGGGGCCUGCUGACUCCCGCCCGCCUCGCGCGGGCAGUUGUGAGGUGGCAGAACAGUUCCAACAUCAUUGACGAUGCCGAGCGAACCAUGCAGUACUUGUAUAGAGAAGCGAAGGACGUUAAGUGGGUGGUUGCCAGGGCGCCGUGGCUUGAGGAGGGAGAGCCAUUGGGGGGCGUCGUGCCCAACCUGGACCCCUUCCGAGCGAGCACCUUGAGGUACUCCGACCUUGCAGAUUGGCUGCUGGAUCAAGUUCAGGGCGACGCCUACGUCGGGAAGAUGCCGCGGCUACGGUACCGCCCUGUUGAGCACCCAAUUUGAAUGGAGAAGCGCGGCAAGACGAAUCCAUCAAUUCAACCAGUUAAUCCAUCAACCAGAAGCUAGGGUUGAAACG